AGAAAACCACAGCACCAUGGGGAAAUAAAAUCAAAACCCACUUUGGAAGUUCACUUGGUUUUAUUAGUGGCACACCCCAAGAUUGCAAAUUUAUUUCUCUCGCCUUUUCAAUCUACUCUCACAGUUUCUGGGAAUUUCGCAAACUCAGAAUCAAACUAACAGUUGUUGGAGUUCAGGAUAUACAAUUCUGGGUUGUUUCUCUUUUCCUGUAAAUUGCAUGGAAAAUGCAAGCUUUGGUCACUUGGCCUUCAAGGGGUGAAACCUGGGCAGUGCCCCAGUUAGGCUUUGAACUUGGUUCUUCUUGUAAAUUUAGUACUAGGAUAAGAAGAAAAAAAAUGUGGAGCCUUGGUUUUCCUGUUUGUUAUGGUAGAAGUGGUGCUGUAUUAUUACUUUCUAGCAAUUCAGGGGCUAUUGGGGCUGAGGCUUUUAGUGGAAGCCCAAAAUUCGAUUUUGGUUGUGGGUGUUUUUCUGGGUACUCUAAACUUAAACCUGCUCGCUUUUGUCAGUCUAAGAAGCGUUCCUUUGGUGCUUCAUUUGUAGUAGCAUGGGCAUUGGAAGAACAAGCAAUUGGGAAUGACAUUGUUAUAGAAGAAUCCACAUCGGAACAUAGGUUGUCAGGGGAAGGUGAGAGUAAGGGAGAUCAUCUAAUUGUGGAUGAAGCAGAGGGUGGUGAAGAUAAAAAUGAAGUAGAUGUAAGAAAUCGAGGAGCAAAUUGGGAGCAGAAAAAUGAGAAGAUUGAUGUGCGUGCGCUAGCAUUGAGCUUACAGUUUGCAAAAACAGCAGAUGAUGUAGAGGUGGUUCUUAAGGACAAGGGUGAUUUGCCCCUUCAAGUAUUCUCAUCCAUGAUCAGGGGUUUCGGAAGAGACAGAUUGAUGGAUUCUGCAUUUGCUGUUGUUGAAUGGCUUAAGAGAAAGAGUGAAGAAACUAAUGGUUCGAUUACCCCAAACUUAUUCAUAUAUAAUAGUCUUUUGGGUGCAGUGAAGCAGUCUAAACAAUUUGGAGAAAUGGACAAAGUCUUGAGUGCUAUGACUGAGGAAGGGGUGGAACUGAAUGUUGUAACUUACAAUACUAAAAUGGCAAUUUACAUAGAGCAGGGACUAAGUACUAAGGCCCUUGAUGUUCUUGAGGAUAUUGAGAAGAAGGGCCUGACUCCGUCUUCAGUGUCCUAUUCUACAGCAUUGCUGGCUUAUCAACGAAUGGAAGAUGGAAAUGGAGCUUUACAGUUCUUCAUUGAGUUCAGAGAAAAGUACCAUAAAGGUGAUAUAAGUAAAGAGUCUGUUGAAGACUGGGAACAUGAGUUUAUACAGCUUGAGAACUUUACAAAACGUGUUUGCUACCAAGUGAUGCGCCGGUGGCUUGUGAAGGAUGAUAACUUAAGUACCAACGUUCUAAAACUUCUAGCACAGAUGGAUAUUGCUGGGGUUCCACUCAGUCGGGCAGAACACGAGCGCCUUUUGUGGGCUUGCACCCGUGAAGAACAUUAUACUGUGGCAAAAGAAUUGUAUAAUAGGAUAAGGGAAAGGCAUACUGAAAUAGGUAUAUCUGUGUGUAACCAUGUAAUUUGGUUGAUGGGAAAGGCUAAGAAAUGGUGGGCAGCUUUGGAGAUUUAUGAGGAUAUGUUGGACAGGGGGCCGAAGCCAAAUAACAUGUCGUAUGAAUUGAUAGUAUCUCAGUUUAAUGUUCUUCUGACUGCAGCUAGAAAAAGAGGAAUUUGGAGAUGGGGCAUCAGGCUGCUCAACAAGAUGGAAGAGAAAGGUCUUAAACCUAGAAGUAAGGAGUGGAAUGCAGUUCUUGUUGCCUGUUCCAAGGCUGCAGAAACUUCUGCUGCUGUCAAGAUUUUUAAAAGAAUGGUGGAACAAGGUCAAAAACCUACAGUACUUUCUUACGGAGCAUUGCUUAGUGCCCUUGAGAAGGGAAAACUCUAUGAUGAGGCCCGGCAGGUGUGGGAACAUAUGCUUAAGGUUGGUGUAAAACCGAACUUGUAUGCAUACACAAUUAUGGCUUCAGUGUUCAGUGGACACGGAAAAUUGAAUAUGGUAGAUACCAUCAUUCAUGAGAUGGUUUCAUCAGGAAUCGAGCCAACCGUUGUCACAUACAAUGCCAUUAUCAGUGGGUUUGCACGAAACGGUUCAACCAAUGCUGCAUAUGAAUGGUUUCAGCGCAUGAAGGAUCAGAACAUUUCACCAAACAAUGUUACGUAUGAAAUGAUGAUUGAGGGUCUGGCCAAUGGAGGUAAACCAAGGCUUGCAUAUGACUUAUAUUUGACGGCUCAAAAUCAGGGCCUUGACCUCUCACCAAAGUCUUAUGAUAUAGUUGUUCAAUCCUCACUGGCUUCUGGAGUUGCUAUUGAGGGAUUUUUAGGGGCUCGGCCACCGGAUAAAAAGGAAGAAGUGCAAGGUAGAAAAUCUUCUACCCAACUUUCGUAAACUCAGCUAUUCCCAAAUGAAGUAAACCAUUUGAUACUUUAUAGCUAGAGAAAGGAAAUAUAUGCCCUAAACAGAUCAACCAAUGAGAAUUCAUUCCCAUGAAAUUUCUGUGACUUUCAGUUCAUUCCAUGUACAAACACCAUAUAUAAUUGUUUGUAAAGUAACUUUGUACCAGCCUCUUUAAUCUCAGGUCGUCUGCCGCUUAAAACAUGGAUGUUUCUUUU